AAUCCUAAUCAUGGCAGUUGCAGCCGCCGUACACGGCGGUUAUCUUCCCUCCAAAUUCCGCAGUAUCUCUGGAAAAACAGUCUCACAAAGCAAACCAACGCCGCCGCCACUAUUCAUUUCCACAAACCCUAACGAUGUAAUCCCUAAUCACCUUAAAAACCUCUAUUCUUUAUGUAACCAUUCAUGUCACCGUUUUCCAAAACUGAACUCAGAAGGUAGAGUCGAGCCAGUGGAUCUAAACAAGCUUCGAAAAGCGUUACAUCAUAGUUAUAUCGUCGUUUCGGUCUUUACCCGACCCGUCUUUGUACCCGGUUUGGUACCCGAAUUGGCUCCGAGUUUAACGGGUAUUGGUGGAGAUUGGAUUGGAAAAGUGGUGCCUGUGACACCGAGUAAUGGAGAAUUGGUUGGUUUUGGACGUGCUGUUUCUGAUUCUGGAUUGACAGCUGCUAUCUAUGAUGUUAUGGUCAUUCCUUCACUUCGAAGAAGAGGCAUUGGCAGGAAGAUAGUUCAAAGGAUGUUAAGGAUUCUUGUGAACAGAGACAUUUAUGACAUAGCAGCCCUCUGCUCUGAUCAAGAGAAGCCUUUUUUUAGAGCAUGUGGAUUUGGAGAUGAUGUACUGGCCUCCACUACAAUGAUGUAUACCAGGUCUGCUUCUGCUGAUUCAGAGGAUGAGCAGAUUGUAAAAUAUGCAGGUAGAAAGUUAUUACUAGCUCCUUCACUAAGAGGAAAUCUUAAAACAUAAUCUCUCUAUUUUCAUGAUCAAGUAAUGCCCAAUGCAGUCGAAAUUUCUUCCUGUAACUUCCAUGAGACUACAAUUGCGAAUGUCGUUAUCGUGUUGUAUAUCAGUGAGUUUCAUUUGAACAGCUUCCUUGCCCUCCCUCUUCCUGUGUUAUUGUUAGUAAUUUAUAUUUCACAAGCCACAUUUAUAGAUUGUCUUGCCCUAUCCAAGAGUGCAAAGUCAAAGUUGGACAGAAGAAAAAGUGGAGAAACUAAAGCUGGAAGGUGGUGCUUACUGCUUAUUGUGUAGGGCUGAGUCAUUUUAGAUCUGUUAAUUUUCAGGUGUUGUAAUACAUGGUGUACAGUAGAAUCUCUAUUCUUAGGUGGAUUAUGGACUACUAUUGUAAUUGCAGUACAGGCUUUUUACGAAUAGAUAAUGCACUUCCUUGUGGACCCUGAA